UUUUGUAGCGGUGCAUUCUUAUUUUAAACUUCGAUCCCAUUGGGCACCUGUAUACCUCCAAAGUCGACCUGAUGGAGAAAAAGUGCUGAACACUCUUUGACCUUACCUGAUACCUGGCUAGGACAUUGCGAAAUUGCCUUGAAUCUUUCUUGCAAAAAGAUGUAGAAAGUUCUUGGUUCUGUCUCGGACAAGGGGUGUUUUUCUUUUAGGCCUACUUUCAGAUUUCAUUGCCCCUUUUUCGGUCUUCUCUUUAGUUUGUGAUGUUAUGUGGUACGAGUUGUUUUCGGCGGUUUUGGGUUUGAUCCUGUACUUGGUCUUCAUGUUCCUCUGCAAGGGUGCUGGUGGGGAAAAUAAUCUCGAAGUCGCAGCCAGGGUGUUAAAUCCUCCAGGUGGUCGGGUGUCCAUUAAUCUUUUCGGUGGGGGCGAGCCAGCGCCACAACCCUCACAUGUGAGAUGCAAUCCAAAAAACUCCACAUCAAAAGAAAACUUUUUCGACCAACCCGGUACGAGUAACAAGCCAUUAACGCCUCCAAGAGCCGCCCAGCAGCCACGCCAGUCUGACCCUAUUCGGCCGCAACAACCAGAAACUAGACCAUCACAAAGUCAGCAGAGUGUAAAAAAGAACAUUUCGUCCACUGGCACAAGUAACGGACAAUUAACAGCAGGUUAUCUUGAGCCAACAAUAUCGUUCUUGACCAAAUCGAGAUACGUGAAUCACGUCCAUACGCCACGAGAGAACGGAACCGCUCCGUCAGAGAAGGAACAUUCACGUCCAGCGACUAGUAGUGGCUCUUGCUUUUGUACUUCUAACCAAACGUGUAGAGCUUGCUCGCAACAACAACAAGGUGGGCAGAAAGCUCACAGCAACAACAAGGCAGAGAGCUCACAACAACAAGGCGGGCAGAAAGCUGUCAAGAUGGUGAACGAAGCUGGCCAAUCUUCGGGGGAUAAUAAAGCCGUCCAGAGACGAACGGGACGGGGUCGCCGUCCUCAACAAGCAUGGGGGGCGCCGGUCAUGACUCCCACAAAGUCGUAUUACAAUCCGCAGAUAGCCAAUAUGGAUCCCAUGACAGCACACCCCAUCAGAGUGAUUGAUAGAGAAAAAUUAAAGUCGAGCGCUGCAGAAAAUAGGGAUCCUAUACUAGGCCAUGGCGAUUUCGGAGAGGAGUUAGAUCUCCUGUCAACAGGCAUUCGACGUCCAAAGACACCAGACUCUGACACGACCAGAGUACGUGAUCCAAUCCUAGGUCUGGGGGACUUAGGUGAAGAAUUGGACACUCUUCAGAGGUCACCUAGAGUACCGAAACGUCCUGCAACACCUCCUAACAAGGUUGUCCGCAACCCCGUGUUAGGAGAGGGGGACUUGGGCUCCGAGUAUGACCCAGUAUGGAAAAACGCAUAUUCGCCUGGAGCUCGCAAGCACCAUCAAGCUCCAGUUCGCGACCCUAUCAAGGGGUCUGGAAACAUAGAACAGUACGACCCAGUCAGGAAAGGACCCGCAUUAAAAUGGUCACAAAGUCUGAGGUCACCAACUCCAAAACUAAAUUCGAAAGCAGAUCGAAGGGAUCCAAUCUUAGGCAAAGAACUCGCACAACAAAAAGCCAGGCCAAUGUACAGACUACACAAUGUCGAAAAAGAAGCAGCAACAAGGAAUCCGAUAAGCGGCCAAGGCGACUUCCAUGAAGAUGACAAGAAACGAACCAUGAGACGACCAAAGACACCCACGAAGAAGAUGGAUAAUGAAGAAUAUGCCCUUCUGGAUCCUAUUGGGCACCGUGGGGACAAUGACCGCCCCCUAUAUGUCGGUUCAGGGCCACACACCCCUCGUGACCGGGCUAGAACCCCUACAAGAAUGACAACCAGUGCCUAUAGGAAUUGUAUUGUAGGGGAGGGCGCUUUAGGUCCCGAGAGCACAUUUAACCGACCUAGGAGAUCAAAGUCUUGCCCGAGAAGGGUUAGAGAGACUAUUAACCGUAAUCCCAUCACAGGUCGAAAUCGUGAUGGCACGGAGACCGAGAACAGUCAAAACACACCACCACUAGGCACAGCAACACAGCGCAGACAUGAAUAUAAAAGAGCUGAUUCUAAUCCUGUGACUGGCACGGGACAGGACUUAAAAUCUUGGGAUAUUCAAAGAAAUGCUACUCCGAGGACUCCCAGACCUCAUUCAGUUCUUAGUGUUUAUAACCCCAUCACCCCUCCCAGUGGUGUCAAUGGUAGAGCGGAGGUCUACCGGCGUAUCCGACGCGGUAGCCUCACACCGCCAGAAUCUGGUAACCCAUUGACUGGUGACAACUGUAAAUGUUUUGAUAUCAGCUUAGAACAACGCUCAAGAAUGCCUUCAAGUGCGAAGAACCAAGUCUCCAACAAUAGUCCAUUCGUCCGAGAAAACCACAAUAACUAUAACGGCUAUUCAGGAAACCAAAAUGAUUCAUCUUUUACCGCCAUGUGAUCUAUGAUUCCGAGGCCAACAACCCUGUGACCGGACAGCAGCCAGGGGCACCCCCAGUGACUGGUGGACGGCCAUCAACGAGAGUUCACGCUCCCCCUGGUGGCAAAUCAAACAUCACCUUCGGAUAGACACGCUUGGUAGGCACGAGACUAUAGACACUGUGAACGACUGAGAUCUGCUUUUGGACUACACGGCAACAAUGUACCUUUUAUUUUAGCACUUGGACAUGGUGAUAUUAAUUCUAUGGCAUGAAACACCUAACGAUUCUAUCAAAGGGAUGAAAAAUGGAAAAUAACGAAUUAGAAAACAAGUCAAGAAUUAACAAGCAAUGAAUGAACAUUCACAGAUAUAAUUUUUUUCAAAUUCAGAAUAUUCAAACUUUGUAUAACAGUGAAAUGUAUGUUCUAAGAAUGUAAGCGACAAUUAUAUCGGGCCUUAUAGCUGUAUUCUGUUUCAUGAAAAAUCUCAACUCAUGAUGUUGGCACCCUGUCUCAUAAAGAAAAUAUCACAGUUCAAACAAAUUUCUCAUCUGGGUUUAGUGCGAGAUCUGAAUUUGUUGACAGUAUUGUUCUCUUUAUGAAAUAGGGGCCCACUUAAAAUCUCAAUGUAAGCCCUUUAUUGGGUAUAAGUUGCAUUUACAUUUAUUUAUCUGUUCUGUGAUGAAACAUAUUGAGGAUGUACUAUCUCCUUUGAACCUGUGCAAGACCACAAGACUGCAUUGCUGGAUUUACGACAGUUUUAAAAAGAUCACGAUAACUUCAACCGUGAUGAAUCUUUGUACUUAAUCUUGCGACAAUGAAGAUGACAUCUUUUGAUCUCCUGUUUAUGAGCUUUGCGGUUGGUGUUGGCAUUCGAAACAGGCUUAUCUAACAUUGUCUGAUCAUUCUGUUGGCACUUUUCUUGAAGGAAAGAUAACGAGUUACUAUCUAGUUGCCAUGAACUGAUAUCAUGAUGGACAUGUCAUCCGAAUAUUUAUACCACUGAUCGUGAAUGAAGAGCAACAUCUGUUCCUGUCGUGUCAAAUCUAUAUUUUAAAAACAAGUUUGGUAUAAAGAACAAAAUGAUCAAGUCAAAAAUAUUAUGAUAAGUAUCAUUUUCUUUAAAAAAUCUCAUAAAGCAGUCUGUUUUUCACAUAGAUUUCCUUGACGAUUCUUUGAGGGAUCUAUCAGGAUGCUGGUUUGAAAAUGACCAACUUUGGCCUUGACGAGUCUGGAUCAGAUUUUGACGACUCAUCUGCCAAGGUGUGUUCACGUGUAUGUAUUUAUAUGUAUAGGUAUCAUAUUCAUCAUAACACUGUACUUGUACUAUAUUGAAGCAUGCUGAAUACUGUUGGGUUUUGAUACAGCAUUAGUAGAUCUUGGACGUAGAAAAUGGAGAAAAUCUUGACCAAAUUCAAAAUGUGGGGAGCCACGUUAGUUGUAUUGGCUGUUUUUGCUGACACGUCUCGAGUCAAGGGUCAAAUGUUUUCAUUUCCUAUGUAACUUGAUAUGUGGUUGGCAUUCGUCAUCUCAGGCUGUUGAAAAUGUAUCUAAAGUUGUUCAUCAUUUUGUGGAUUGGUUCGAUGUGAUCGCAUGCUCUUGGUGACAUCUCAAGGGGAUUGAAGCUGGCCCUUCUCUGUACGGCAUGUUUGGAUCAGACCUAUGGCAUAUUUGGAUCAGACCUAUGGCAUAUUUGAAGCAGACCUGUUAUUACAUAUUUGGAUCAGACCUAUGCCAUAUUUGGAUCAGACCUACUCGCCUUAGUAUAAUAUUCAAAGAAAUUGACAACUGCUAACUUAUUCAGAUGGUUUUCCUCUGAAAUUACAUCAUUGCUGUAACCAUCAACAUUUUGUGUCACUAUUUUGUAAGGGCUAGCUUCUUCCCCAGAUUGUGAUAGUUACAUUGUAACUUUAUUUGUAGGUGUAUACAUUAGUGUUUUCAAUAUUUCAAAGCUGCCUGUUUUUCAAAAUAUUGUACAUUUUUCCAAAUCUGGUUAUUCCAGAGGCUUGUAUAUACAGUUAACUUGAUGUUAACUAUAAAAAUGUAUACCAGUAGUCUAGAUCACCUUGCUUUCCCCAAGCACAUGUCCCACAAACGUAUGAUUUGAAUUGAUGACCAAAUGAUAGAUAUUUCCAAUAUUUUGCCAUUUAUUUGCACCUUUUCUUAAUGACUGAGUCCAAAUAAACACGUUCACAAUCUUCCUUUCGAAGAAAAAACACGGAAAUGAAAAGUCCAAUAAUUUGAAAUCUGUUUCUUUAGAUGUUAGAGAAAGUUCUUGGGCAUAUUGACAACCCUAUGUAAGCCCCUGUGUCCCCUAUUGUCCCUUUUACAAAUAUUUUUUCACCUAAAACAGAAACAGGGUAUGAGUGUUGUUGCUUCUACCAAUACUACAAUGACUGUGACGAUUGACCAAUGAAAAUUGACUGACGGUUUGACACAUUUCCGGAAAAUUUCAUGACAUUUGUGUCUAAGAUAAGGGAGUUGUCUAAAAUGGCCCAUGUGAUGAUUGUGGGAGUGAAAAUUAUGAACCCUGAUUACUCCUGGAGGAAAAUAGAUGUACUGCCAUACCUGUUUAGUGUUUAUAAUCAAGAUAUUUGACUGUUUAGUUCUUUGGUGUGGAUUUUGCAAUAAGGAUCUAUAAAAAAAUAUGACUUCAAGCUUCAAGUGCUGUAACUUACUACCCUACAAAAAAUAGACUCACCCUUAAUCCUGAUGCUAUUGAUAUGCCUGGAUUGGUCCAUUAUGUGAGUAUAGGUAAAGUGAUAGUGUUCAUCUCAUCAAUAUUGUGUAGAUUUCCCUAAAAUUGAUGUCUACCUUCAUAAAUUUGGUUUUGGGAUGCUUGUUCUUGAUUUUGUAACUUUAAUUCAUGGUGUUAGUUAUUUGAUAUCGAAGCUGUUAUAUUGAUGUUAUUUAGCCACUGCAGUAAAAAAUAAUUUUCCAAAAAUAAGUUGUAAUUUUAUACGCUCUUAGACAUUUGUAGCAGAACUGCUAAAACAACAUCUUACAUAAUAGACAAUGCUUUAUAGAUAAAAUAAUCUAGCAGCUGCUUUAUAUGGCGGAAUAAAUGGUUGGGCUUGAACGUGUUCUGAGAUGAAUUUGUGUCAGGUUUUUGCCAGUUUGAUUUGGAGGAAGGGACCCCUCCUGUAAAGAUAAGCUGUUUGGGUCUUUAUAUAGUGUAGAUGUAGUGAUCUGUGCCAUAUUAGGCUUCAAGUCUGGAUGAGUCCUUUGCUGGCCUUGUUUGUUUGCUAAAAAUGAGAUGCUUAGAAAUGAGGGUCUUAAAAAUUGCAGCACUGACUUAUUUGAGCCCAACUGCACUUCAACAAAAGACUUAGACAGAAAGUCUCAUCCUAAGUUUCACCCCUCAUAGACAGUUUCUACAACAUUCUUUCACAAUGGUAUGGAUUUUUCAAUGCAAUAAAUUCUGCUUCUUAAUGUAA